AGCCCAGAGGUCAGAUCCCGAUUCUCACAUAAUAUAAAAGCAUAUAUUUACCCAGCUUCUGUUUACUUUGAUCAUCUCAUCUCAUCUCAUCAUUCACUCUCAAUCUUCUACAUCACAACCCUUACAUCAAACUUUUUCAUACCCAACUCUAAACCGUCACCAUGAAGUUCGCUGCUUUCACCGCUCUCGCCGCCGUCUUCGGCUCUGCUGCUGCUGCCAACAAGGCCAAUGUCAUCAACGACUGCACCAACACCAUCUACGUCCAGUCCUUCCCCUACGGCGGCGGUGCUCCCGGUCCCUUGACCACUGUCAAGCCCGGCCAGCGAUUCUCUGAGGAUCUUCGUGCCUCUGGUUCUACCAUCAAGAUCGCCACCACCCGAACUCUCACCAAGCCUCUCUUCUUCGGCUACUCUUCCGAGUCUCAGCCCAACAAUGUUUACUACGAGUUCAGCACUGAGUUCGGCAACCCCUUCGCUGACAAGCACAACAUCUUGAGCCCUGGUGAGGGUUGCGAGAAGUUCGACUGCAAGCCCAACGAUGCCAAGUGCUACAGCACCCCCAGCAUGAAGAAGGUCUACGGCUGCCCCAGCCCCGUCAACCUGUACGCCAAGGUCUGCGCCAAGUAAAUUGGUAGCCUUGACAUCGGCUUUGCUUCCAGUGGCAUUUAAUAAGACCAUAUCAACGGCUGACGCCCUGGUUUCAUGGAUCAACUCACUGGGUUAAUACUUCUUCGUUACAUACAUUAUUAAGCGGCUUCGGAGUCCUUUAGAUAGAGUACUUCCUAUAAAUCGGAAGACCAAUACAUAUUAUUAUCUUCA